CGACUAAACAACAACAAUAUGAAACUCUGCAAGCCGUUUUAUUGUCACGCCACUAGCAGACACAUUGAGAAACAGCAAACAAUGCUUUCCUACGUAAAGGUUUCAAAAAACAGAAACUCCCAUAUCUUUGCUGCAACUUUUUUUUGGGCGGGGACUGGACACCCAAUACUUCCGCCGGGGGGCUCCGUUGAAAACGGCUUCUCGAGACGCGAACCAGGAAGCGCCUUCUUCAGGUCAGCGGCGCGCGACUCUUCUUUUUUCGUACCUCUGCGGCUGCGAUCUCCUGGGUGACGCGGACGCGGUGGAGGCAGUUGAGCGCGCAUGCGCACUCCGCCCCUUGCCCUCCCUCACACCCCUCCGUGCGGCGGCCCCCUUUUAAACAACGCCAUAGCGAAGGGGAAAGAUGCAGGUGAGGCCCUGAGGGAGAGCGGCGGUUGGGUCGCGCGCGCGCGUAACGCUGUGCCUCAGGGGUGGGCCGUGAGGCCUAUUAUUAGGCAGAGCAGCCCCGCCGCCCGUGGGGGCCGCUUCUCGGGGCUUCUCUUGGCCGCUCCCCUUCACGCCUUCCGCGGGGGGAAGCGCAGCACGAAGGUCCCCUUCAAGGACUUCUGGGGCUGUUCACUUUUUCUCCCGCGCUCUCUGUGCCUUCAAAAGCUUCGCGACAGGCAGACAUUCAACAGGUGGAGUCAUCGCCUGUGGGGAGAGAGAGCUGUUGGAUAUUGGGGAGACUAUUGGGCUUUUUGGCGGGGGGCUUUUAAUAAUAAUAUGACCUGCCACGCAGGACCCUGCCAGAAAAACAAACAAACUACGCAUUGGCCUCCGCCUGUCACAGCUGUGUGGCAAGGGAUUAGAGAGAGAGAGAGAGAGAGAGAGAGAAAAUCCCUGCCUAUUUUACAAAAACUAUACCAUUCGGUAUUCCAUUAUCCAUCAAAACUUCCUUACCCUGUUGAUUUUAUCUUAAGGCUUCCAGCGUUUUCAGCUGUGCACAGUUAUUUCCCAUAUAUUCAAUAAAGGUUUUCCAGUCUUCUCGAAAGGUGGCAAGCGAUUAUUCAACAGGUGAAGCAUAGAUGUGGCGCUAUAUAUCUGUUAAUAAAGAAAAGAAAAAGCACACGAUAUCCGACAGAGAAAUGUGGCAGCUCUAGCGAGGACUAGGAUCAUCAUUUGACUAGCAUUCAAAUCUUGUUCUGGAAAAUCUUGCUAAUUUAGGGGGGAAAUGCCUUUUGGGUACCUUUUGCUAGCUAGCUGGUUUUAAUCUGUUCUGGCUGGAAAAGGCUGCUUUAUUAUAACUGACAGAAAUGUAGUCUUCCGCUACAAAAGUUUGUGCUAGAUUGAAGCUGCAAUACUAUACUUAGGGUUAGCCACAUUAACCUUAGUUGGACUUACUUUUUGAGCAGACCCCUGGAGAAUUAAACAAAAAUGAGUUUUAUAGAUUUCAGAGAGAGUGCUUAAUUUCUAGAAAAAGUGAUGCUGGGGCUGAAAGAAGUACUUUACUCAAUUUUUUGUUGUUGAUUUUGUCAACUAAAGUACUUCUGAUCUUCCCCUUAAUCCCAGAUGAGUGGGGAACAUUUAGUGAGGAAAACACUUUCCAUUUGCUUGGGGUACUUUAAUUUGCAUCUUAUGUUCUGGAGCUGAGCAAGAGUAGUGAAAAUCAAAAUACAUCUGACAAUGAGCCCUGGGAGAAAUUAAACCCUCCAAGACUUUUUUUUUUGCCAUAGAAAGCAGUUAUUCUUUUGGGUAUCUAAACAUCUAACAAUCCUAAGAGGUCUUAUUGAAGAGAUGCAUACGCAAAGCAACUUAUUUUUCUUUAUGGUGUCAUAUCAUAAGGAUAUAUGUAAGAGUGUGUGUGUGUACUGCUUAUAAUAAUUUGUUUGCUUCUCAGACAACUUUAAAGCAUGUAUAUUUAAAAGGUUUACAAGAUGUACCUUGAAGAGGAAUUCCUUUGAGCCGAUUGCUAUUUAACUGCUUUUUCUCCAACUGGAGAAUACACCUGAGAAAUGUAGCAUCAGAGGAGAAUCAGAAUACUGGCAGCAACCAUUUUAGGCGCAUCCAAUUGACGUGCAAUAACUGAUGUGUGGGUCCUUUUGGACCUGGAAAAAGGCAGAACGGGGACGGAACGGGACAGGGAGCAUUUAUAUGUGCUCUAAGGACAUAAAUGGGGGCCAGGAACAGAACCCCAGCGUGACAUUAUCACCGCCUAUAUAUAUGAGACUUGCAGAACAUACCAGUUGCCAUUAGUCCUCUUCACAGAUCUUGCUGCAAAGUGUAUAUGGAUUCUGUGUUUCCUCUUCACUGGUAUUUUUUCCAUUUGCAUUAAGGAUUUUGGAGCAAGAACUGCAGGAAGCUGUUCUUUUGAAAUUAGUGCUAGGGAUUCCAGUAAGGGUUGCUUUAGUUACUGAAAAUUUGUUGCAUGGCAUAUGCUUGCACUCUCAGGCCUCUCUGUACUCAGGUCUGUUCUUAUUUUUAUAACAAACACUCCCAGAGAACUGUUCCUCAGUAAUCUUCAAUAUGAAAUAUGUCUUUCAGCUUCUACCCAUUUUGCCUGCUGUCUCUGUCUUCUGCUGCAAUAGAUAUUUGGGCGGGGAAUAGUAGAACUGAAAUUAAGGGAGAUGCAAUAAAGCCAAAAGACAUGCCUUGAGUUUUCUUCCUAUGGUGCUUCAUUCUCUCCUUUGAUACAGCCUUCCUGUGCUAUUUACUGCCCAGUAUAUUGUUUUCCUUUAUACUGGAGGAAACCCUCAGGAUGUAAAGCAUGCAUUUCUACAUGCACUAUUACUCCUGCAUGUGGUCCUCCCACCCUUUAGUUAAGUGACAUUUAUACUGGAUAAAUUAAAGCAGGUUUCCCCAAAUAUUUUGGACUAUAAAUCCCAUCAUCCCAACCACCAUGACCAAAUGCCAGGGAUGAUGAAAACAGUAGUCCAAAACAUCUAGAAGGCAUCAGGCUGGGGAUGUCUGCUCUAAAGCAGGUGUAGGGAACAUUUAGCCCUCCAGAUUUUGUUGAACCACAAUUCCCAUCAGCCCCAGCAAGCAUAGCCAAAGGCCAGGGAUGCUGAUCAGAGUUGUAGCUCAGCAACACCUGAAGAGCCAAAGGUUCCAUACAGCUGCUGUAAAACUUCAGUUCCACAGCUGUCACCUGUUUGGGGGAUUAUGCAAUUUUGCCUGUUUGUCUCCAAAAUUUAGCAGAAGGUACUUAGAACAGAUUCUGUCUGUAUGCCUUUAUAAAAAUAUAUUUCUUGGUUUUUCUAGCAUUGCAGAAAGUUGGUAAUUUCCCCCCCUGAAUUAGGUAUGCCUUGUAAAUGAAAAAAGAAAAAUGGAAAACAUUUAAUGAUUGUGCAUCUUUAAUUGUCAAUUUCUUUCCAUAGCGAGUAUUUACCCUGUCUGAAAGGGAUGCACCUAGUUCACCUGUGCAAUUUGCUUGGCAAAAAACUGUAGGAAACUACAUUGCUGUUGCAGGGUAAGAUAAUAAAGAUUUCUUUAUUGUAUAUGUUAAUUAACUAAACAGAUGAAUCAGAUUUUGUCAUAGGAAGCAGCUUACAGACUUUAAUAAUAUUUACAGAUGUAUGAAAGAUGACCACCAUAAUGAUUAUUCCUCUUCUGUUUUUUUUUUUUUUUUUUAAUUUUUAGACACAAUCACACUGUAAAAAUCUUCGAUCGCCAUGGUCAAAAGAAAAAUGAAAUUAUUUUACCAGGGUAAGUCUUGUACAAUUUUGUGAAAGCAAAAUAUUACUUUUAGGCAAAUUCAACAUUAAAUUAUCUGAUUUGUUUGGCAUAAAUGCCUUCAAAAAUGGUGGGGGAGAGGGUUAUGAAAUUGGAUGAGAUUAGACUGCACUUUAUUUUAGGAGAACAGAAUUAUGGGGAAUGGAUAUCUCCUUCAAGGAGCUAGUCAGGCUUGCAUUUCCACUCAGUUUCAUAUUUUUGAACCAAAUAUUGGAACAUCCGGUUAAUACUUUCUGUGUUUCCUUAGCAACUGCAUUGCUAUGGACUGGGAUCAAGAUGGUGAUACCUUAGCAAUAAUUGCUGAUAAGGCCAUUUGCAUUUAUCUGUGGGAUGCCAACACAAACAAAAUCAGCCUGAUAGACACUAGCAUGAGGUAAGCAAAAAGUGUGCUUUAAGAAAAAGUAUAUUUCCAGGCCAGUUUAUACAUUUAGUAUAAUUGCAACCUAAAAUUAAUACAGGGCAUAGGUUGUGUUGUUUAAAUGGGAGAAGCUUUCACUUGUAGUUUUAUGAAUGAAUUUUUCUUGCUGGUAGCACAGGUUCUGUAGGAUUGCCAUAUUUCGUUUCCUCCUAAAGUUGUUGAGAGCUUUGCGGGGGGGGUCCAAAAGUUGAGCUUUUUUUUUCCCCCACCAGAAAAAGGGGAUUUUUUAAUUGACUUGCCUAAGCUCCAGGACAGAGUGCCACCUUUUGGAAAUUUCCCCCAGAUGUGUAUUCUGCUUUUGAAAUCCCAGUAAUGUCCAGGAGAAUCCGGACAUAUGGCAGCCCUAGGUUUUGUAUCUGUACCACCAAGCUGAAUGGGGCAAGAAGAGCCCAGACCUAAUUUCCUCAUCUUACAAAAUUCUUCCCAGAAGAAACCUUUUUAGAAUACGGAACAUUGAUCAGUCAGUUCUGACUGGCACUUUCAGCUUGUUCUUCGUUGUUACUUAUAUUGCCAUCUUCAGGGAUAUGGGUGGGUAAAAGAGAAACCAUGUACAGAUGACAGGAAAGCAGAGUGUUCUUGAGCUCAAGUCCUACUUGAGGGGUUUCCUACUGGCAUCUGUGUUUUUUUAAGCUAAAUCUAAAGUUGCCUGAUUUCCUCAAUGGUGGCUAUCUAGUCUUUUAUAUAUUGUAUGUGUCUGUAUUAUUAAUGUAUUUGGAUGACUUUGUUUGAUUUUAUGAUUUUAUUGUUUAAACUUAUGCCAAUAAAGGCCAGUAACAGUAACAAUAACAACAGAAUGCUGGACUAUAUGGGCCAUUGGCCUGAUCCAGCAGGCUCCCCUUAUGUUAUUAUGAGUGUGUAUUGCUAAUACAGAAAAGGAAUGUGGCAGAAACUAUGCCAGUAAACAAGAAGUAAAGUAAGGACAGGCCUGUUAAUCUUUCUCAUAGGAAAUGUUGUAGAGCAAUUUGGCUUACUCUAUUGUGCAAACCAGGCCAUCUCUUGAAUGCCAAUCAUCAGUUUUCUACUACAAUAUCAUAACUGCGCCUGCUUUUCUGAUCUUGAACCAAGUACUUUCUCUCUCUCCUUACUGCUGUUUCCUUAAAUAUUGUCAAUUAAAAAUGGUAAUCCAUUCAACAUUCUUGUUGUUACAGUGGAACCUCUUUUUUCGAACUUAAUCCGUUCUGGAAGUCCGUUCGACUUCUGAAAUGUUCAAAAACCAAGGAUCAGAGGGCUGUCGGCAAGUUCGGGGGGGGGGGAAUGAGAAGCACACCUCGGAAGCCGUUUGACUUCCAUGGUGUGUUUGAAAAUGGAAGCAUUCACUUCUGCGUUUUCGGUGUUCAGCUUCUGAAACGUUCGGCAGCUGAGAUGUGCAAAAACCGAGGUUUGACUGUAUUGAAAGCCUAUUUCAUUUUUUUAUUACAGGGAACCAAUGUCUUUCUUACGUUGGUCGAAAGCCGAACCCUUACUUGCUGCUGGAACAGCUAAGGGAAAUGUACUAAUAUAUAACCGCCAAACUUCUCGCAAGAUUCCUAUCCUUGGUCAGUACCAUUAUAAAAUUAGUGAACUUCCAUGUGGGGAGAGAGCAGAAAUUUGCUCGCUGUGUUAAAAUCUAGUUAAUAUCUCUCUAGUGUAAGUAUUUCACCAUGUGUAAUUGUAGAUGAGGAAACUGUGAUCUACCAGAUGGUGUUGAACUCCAGCAUCCAGCACCCAGCCAGCAUGGCCAAUGGUCAAGGAUGAUGGGAUUUGUAGUCCAACAAUAUCCUAUGCUAUUUGUCUGUUUUCUUUUAAUAAUUCACAGUUUUAAUAAUUCACAGUUUUCCAGCUUAAAAUGAUAAUUGUAUUAUUGGAUAUGCCUACUUGAAUCACAUACUUAACAUCCAUGCAUUGUUCAAUAUCUUUAGGGAGCAAAUUGUGAUUUUUCUAUGUGAAUUUGUUUUUACCAGGUAAGCACACCAAACGGAUUACAUGUGGUUGUUGGAGCGGUGGGAAAUUCAUAGCAUUAGGCGGUGAGGACAAACUGGUAACGAUUAGCAACCACGAAGGAGAUACAAUCAGAGUGGUAAUAAACCUACAUUGUUGUUAUGCACAAGAUUAUAACAGUUAGUUAAAUGAAAAAAAUGCCUUCGCCCCCAUUUGCUCUUUGUGUGAAUGUUAAUGUGAGAGAGAAAGCAGACAAGAAUUGGUUACAAACUAAAUGCCUGUUUGAGCCAGAUGAAGUCUCACAUUUGAAUUACAGGCUCAGGAAAUGAAAAAGAACAAAAACCAUUUAGUGUUGUGUGUGAAAAUAUCCUGGGUUAAUGUUCAGGAAUCUGUGUAGUUUAAACAUUGGUUGCAGCUUUGCUUUUUAUUGGACCAACUUCUAUUAGUGAGAGUGCCCAAUCUUUAAAAACAACUAUAAGAUGCUUAUAACCAACACCAGUUAUUUUUGUGAAAGUCGUAGAUUUUUGUCCCUGUUUUUUCUCCAUGUCUUUCCUUGCCUCUUUCUCCCAGAGGGCAGUGAAGGAGCUAAUUAACUGAUAAUGGGGAUCUCCAUAUAUAUAUAGAUAGGCACUGUCUAAGUCCUAGGAUACAGUCUACUAAGGAUAUUAUUGUAUCAUUUUGGUUUUAUGAUUUUGUAUAAUAUGUUAUUUUGUUAGCCGCUUUGAUUUCCUCAAUGAGAAAAAGAAGCAGGAUCCAAAUUUUGUAACUACAGGAGAAACUAAUGUCAGAAAUGGUGUAGCUGUUUGUGGUGGUGAUCUAAGAAUUAAACCAUUGUGCCCAGCUGGCUGGGAUCAGCAAUUUUCCAUGAAGGCAUUGUUUAAAAUCUCAGGCCACAUGUAAUUCUUUCUUCCUUGACAGAGCCUUAAGGCAAGCAGAUGAAAGGCUUUAUAAGGUGGAAUGGAAAAAAUAUGACAGCUGUGUUCCAAACAUUGCAUUAUUGUAGAGAACAGGAAGCAUAGCCAGUUUGUACAUCUAGUUCCUCCACACAAAGUUAGUGUCCAAAGCUGCUUUUGGAAUUGAGGUUGAUAGCUGUUAAUAUUGCUGUAUUAACACUUGAAAAAUCAUUGCAGUGUUUUGUGGUUUUCCUGUCAAUGGCCUAGUUUGCUCUUAGCACUAAAUCAUGAUUUAUUAAACUUAGCACUAUGUGUGAACCCAUCCCAGUGACUUAACUGUGGUACAUUUACUGCCAACAAGCCAUUAUCUGAACCUAGGCUUUUGUUUUUUGCUUUACUUUACAAACCUUGCUUUGUUUUAACUAAUGGCUUCGUGUUGCAUGUGAACUCAGCACCCUUCCUUAACCAGGCACUCGGCAAACUCACAAAGGCAUGAGGGAAGAGUCACUGGAAAACAACCAUUGGAGGGGGAAAGCCAUAGUUUGCUUAUCAUCUGUGGGACAACUUGUGGUUAACUUGUGAUUUAUUAACAAACCAUGGUGUAGUGUUAUGGGUAUACCAGGCCAGUGUAACUGUUUCAAAAAAUAAGAAUUACUUAUUCUAUUAACCUUGGAACCUUAUUCUUGCAGACAACAGUGAGAGGAGAACCCAGUGAUAUGGAGUUUAUAGUAAUGAAAACUGAUGAUAGAACAGGAGGAAAUGAGACCACAGUAAGUAUUUAACAACACAGCAAGUAUAUAUUGCGUGAAACCAAAGGGGCUUUGCAAAUAAAGCAAUAAGGGAAAGUUAUAACACAAGAAAAUAAAAUACAAAUUUUGUUUGUCAUAAGAAUUCCAAAAUUAGAUUGUAGCUCUGAGACGUUAGUGUCAUUCUUAUCAUAAGAGCUUUAUCAUGUUACUUGACAAGGCACAGUAAAAGAUUUAAGAUAGGUGUCUUUGAUUUUCUUAGCAGCUGAUGCUUACAAAGGCUGUCUUAGAAAUAAGUAAUCAUGUCAGGAGAAUAAUUUCUAAUCCUCUUAAGGAACACUACCAUUGCAUUAUUACCGUAAGAUGCGCAAGAUGAUUCUGGUUUUGUUCAAUAGAUUAUUAUUUUCUCUCUCUCUUUUUUUCAGGUAUGCAUUGUCGUUGCUCAGAAAACCCUGUAUAUUUAUAAUUUCAGAGAUCCAGAGAACCCAAUUGAACUGGCGUUUCAGCCACGCUACGGGAACAUUGUCUCUUAUAAGUGGUAAAGCUAUUCACCAAACUAGUAAGAUUACAUGAAAGAGAGUGCUCCAGCAUUAAAGACAUUUCCAGAUGGGUAGCUGACAAGCUGUAUUAAUCUAUUGAAGCAAAAACAGCACAGAGUAUUAUUAUGCCAUAACCUUCCAUGAACACUGUCAACUUCAGCAGUGCACAAAAGCUUCUGCCAUAAUAAAUUGCUUUUAUAAAUGUUUUGUGCUAGGAUGGGUUUUGUGCUGUUGCUUCAGUCAGGGAAAUCUAAAUACUUUAUAGCAGGGUGGAGAAACUUUGUUUGUCUGGAUGUUGCUAGACUGCAACUUCUAUCAUCCCUGAGAUGAUUGCUCAUGUUGGCUGAGGCUGAUGGCAGCUGAACAGCUGGAGGGCAACAGGUUCUAAAUCCCUGCUUUUAUAGACUAAAGCCAGGGCUAGAGCCAGGGCUUUUUUGGCCAUGUCUCCGAUCUGGUGGAACACUCUGUCACAAGAGACCAGGGCCCUGCGGGACUUGACAUCUUUCCGCAGGGCCUGCAAGACAGAGCUGUUCCACCAGGCCUUUGGCCAGGGCACAGCCUGACUCCCUCCCUCGGCAAUCUUCGCGGAGCUCUGGCCCAAUGGUUGCCAGUGGCUUGAAUUAAUUAAUUUUAUAAUGAAUGAUUUUAGAGUGUUGUUUGUGCUAUACUUUUGUACUGUUUUAUUGUUGUUAGCCGCCCUGAGCCCAGCUUCGGCUGGGGAGGGCGGGAUAUAAAUAAAAUUUAUUACUAUUAUUAUUAUUAUUAUUAUUAUUAUUAUUAUUAUUAAAAGUCAGUGUUCUUGAAAAGAGACGCAAAUGCAAUUGUUCCAGUGUUUCCUAGUAGUUUAAUUUUGAAAUAGAAUUUGGUUUUCUGUGAACAAUCCCAUUCCCCACCCUCCCCAGCCAGCUGACAAUUCUGAGAUUGUGUCUUCAACUUUUCUUUCUUUCUGCAGCCAUGUUGCUUGAAUGGGUUUUGAUCAUAUUGUUGAAAUCUUUACAGGUAUGGUGAUAAUUACAUCAUGAUAGGGUUCUCGCUUGGCUGUUUUGUGGUGAUUUCUACACACGUUCGAGAGAUUGGCCAUGAGAUCUUUCAGGCAUAUGAUCAUAAAGAUAACCUGACUAGCAUUGCAAUAUCACAGUCACUAAACAAAGUUGCAUCAUGUGGAGAUAACUGGUGAGUCAUCAUGAUUUCAUAUGAAGCCCUUAAAAUACAAGCUAUCACAAAGAAAGUGCUAAUAUUGACUCUGAAAAUGUUGUUCUAGAACAGUUGGAGGUCAUGUUAAGACAUUAGUACCCCAAUCAAGAGAUCUGUUUGGUUUCUGACAGAAGCUGUUAUCUUUCAUGUGCCGAUAUGCUAUCUUAUUCCAAGGGAGAAAGCAAUUCUGCACCAGCUGUAACUUUUAUACCAUCUUCAAGGGCAGCCCCACAUAGAGCAUACUACAGUAGUCUCAUUGAGAUGUUAUCAGAGUAUGUAGUGCCAUAGCUAAGCUAUCCUGAUCCAAGAACACUGAAGAUGACGAGCCAGCUCGAACAGGGUAUAGGUACUUCAUGCCACAGAGCCACCUUUGCUUUUAGUGACAAUGACUCCAAGAGUACCCCAGGCUAAAAAUCAGCUCCUUCAGGUGGGUGUGGGGUGCAACUCCAUCUAGAUCAGGUUGUCUGUCCAAGUCCCAGACCCAGGAAGUACUCAGCAACAGUACCUUCAUCUUAUUAUGUUGUAAGUUAACACUGAAGGAAGUGUUUUUCUUUCUAUUAUAGCAUCAAGAUUCAUGACUUGUCAGAUUUGAAUGAAAUGUAUGCAAUAAUAAACUUGGAGGAUGAAAAUAAAGGUAUGACCACUUUUAGAUUUACCUGAUUGCUUGCCAAAUCAUAUAAGACAGAUUCUUAAUUUGCAUUAGCAAUUUGCUUAUAUAAAGAAAUGUGAUGCAGUAACUACAGUUUGUGGAUUGGACCAACCAGACUUGGGUUGCAACUCUCACUCAGCUGAGCUUUGCUAUUAAUAACCUUAACGUGACCUGUGACUUUCUUAAGACAAUCCUUCAAACCGUACUGUGGAGUAUUUGAAACCAACAGUGACAAGCCUUGGAUUAGAAAUUUCUGCUUCCAGUUAGCUGCAAACCACAGUUUGCUGUUUGAAUGUGCCAAACCAUGGUUUACUCAAUAACUUGCCCACUGGGAAGGGAGAGCUUUUUAUCUCUUCCCCAUGUGUGUGAAAGGAAGGUGGGAAGCAGCAUUGAAGCCCAGUUCUUGCAGCUUUCUCUCAGACUAGCCUUCCUCAUAGGGUUGUGGAAAGGAUAAAACAUGAUAACACCAUAUAAGCUGCCCUUGGAUUCUUGAAGGAAGGGCAGAGCAGAAGUGCAAUUCAUUGCUAAUGUGCCCAUUGUAGCUUACAUAAUUCCCCAAAGACUUGGGGACAAGGGCUAGCAACUUAAAUAUGGAAUUAGAAAUAAAGGUAUAUAUUGUUUUGUAUGACAUUUUGCUAAUCUGACACAGGUAGGUUACUCUUUAAGACACAGAAAAUGCUUUUUAGUGACGAAGGUAUUGCUUCUUGGAUUUCUAAGAUAGAAUACUGUUGUUGUUUUUACAAAACCUCGUUGAUAUUUUAGGUCUAGAUCAGUUGUCAUGGACAGACGAUGGACAAUUGCUGGCAGUGUCUACGAAGAAAGGGACUAUCCAUGUCUUCUUGACAAAACUUCCCAUUCUUGGAGACUCAUACAGCACACGGAUCGCGUACCUCACCUCGCUUCUUGAAGUGACAGUUGCCAACCACAUUGAAAGUGUAUAGUACUUCAUUCAUUUUAAAGUUUAGUUAGGUGUAACAUUUUGUUUUAUGGUAAGCAGUUCUCAGCAAAAGUGGUAUGGUCUGUCUUGGCAGGAGCUACCAAUUACAGUUUCUGUGGAAGUUGAGCCCAACUUUGUGGCUAUUGGCCAUUAUCACUUGGCUGUUGGCAUGAAUAAUCGGGCAUGGUUUUAUGUUCUGGGAGAGAGCAGUAAGUAUAUCUCUAGUUCCAUUAUUCCACACUGAAGUAGUGUAGCACUGUUGUAUUUUAUUGAAUUACUGGUUAUUCUAUAAUAUGUUAGUAAGUUUAUUGCUUCAAAUUGUACCCUUAGUGUCACAACAGCUAAUUAUACCUCUUGUAAGAUGUUACAGGACACACAAUUUAGAUGAUGUAAAAAUAAUAUGAAACAAUUAUUAUUGGGAUUAUGAAAGAAAGAUGGAGCUUUUUGUCUUCAUGUGGGCCACAUAGCCCUGACAGUCACAAUCUGAUUGCAUUGUUCCAAAUAUUUGAAGUAUUUUAAGUGGCCAAGGAUAUGUUCAAAAGAGAGAAUCACGACAAAAUUUCAUUCCACAUUUUGCAGGUGUAAAAAAGCUCAAGGACAUGGAAUAUCUUGGAACAGUAGCCAGUAUGUGCCUUAAUUCUGACUACGCUGCUGCACGUUUUGAGGGUAAAGUUCAGUUGCAUAUGGUAAGUAUAUUAGGCAGCCUGAACUCCCAAGAGUCGCAUGAACUGCUAUAAUAGAGCUGGACGAGAAACUCCUAAUUAUGUAAUCUUCUGUGAUGCAUUUUAUCUAGAUAACCAGUUAAUUUCCAGUCUAAUUUAGCAGCUGGUUACUGGAGAACAACAAGAAGCUAAAUGCACCACUGAGAUUAGUUGCAGGCAACUGAAAGGCAAAAAGUUUUGGAUAAUUACAUAGUUAACAGAGUUGGUGUGAAAAGUCCUCUUGAGAUUUGGGGUGGCUAGUGGAGAUUUAUGACUCAUUAAAGGGGGAAAGGAUGAGGCUGAGAUUGAUAUAGUAUGCAGCUAGCUUCUUUAAUUUUAGAUUAUGAGCUGCUGAAACCUGUUCACUUUUUAUUGCUGAUAAAAUAACCUUCGGUUUGCUGUUUUAUUUUAGAUAGAAAGUGAACGCUCCAAUACCCAGGAAGAACGGGAAACUAGACUCUUCCCAGAUACAGAUGAUAAAAAUAAAAUUUUGUGCCAUGCUUUAACCAAUGAUUUCCUCAUCUAUGGUACUGAUGUAAGUAUUUGUUUCAAACUGUGGAUGCCAUCUUUGUAGUAUAAAAUGUUAAUUAUUAAGAAUACCGGUUUCAUUUUGUGCAUGUACAUUCCAUGACACUCCUUGGUUCUAUUCCACAUUCUCUUACGAAUAACCAAAGCAAGUGAGACAUAAUGGGAGGAAAGGGGGGGCAAAAGAAAGAAGCAAAAUUCAUGCCCCCUUUCCCCUUCCUGUGGCCGCAUCGCUCUGUCAUUCAUCUUCUCUGAUCACAUUCUCCCCUCUUGAAAGAUGCCACUUGGUGUCCUGCUUUUUCAGCAAACUUAGUGGUCUCUUUCAACAGGUGGCCACCACCUUCCUUUUAGCUAACAACAAGUAGGAGAGGGGUAAGAGGAGUUUUGUAACCUUUCCUUUUCACGCUUGAUCCUUUUCAGCAGUGAAGGGUCAGACAGCCCCACCUCUCACUGCUGAGAGAAUCCUCAAUACAGUGGUACCUCGGGUUAAGAACUUAAUUUGUUCUGGAGGUCUGUUCUUAACCUGAAACGGUUCUUAACCUGAAGCACCACUUUAGCUAAUGGGGCCUCCUGCUGCCACUGCACCACCACUGCACAAUUUCUUUUUUCAUCCUGAAGCAAAAUAUGUAACCCUAGGUAAUAUUUUUGGGUUAGCAGAGUCUCAGGAGCCCAGUUAUGUCACCCCUUGCCUGCAGAGCCGGCAGCCUCUCACCCCUUUUCAAACACCCUCCCUUGUGGAGUGUUCCCUUAGCCUACUCUCCUCUCCCCUUGGGAGUCCUCUGGGCAGCCACUGCUGCCACCUCUGGUUUCUGAGCUGCUCUCCUGCCCCAAAGAGAGGUGCUUCUUUCACACUACCCCACAGGGGCCUGGGAAGAGGAUGCCUCCAGCCUUAGUGGCCCAACGGAGACUGGCCAAAGGUGAAUGUGAGGAUAGUACCUUAGCUUGGGAGGCAGCAGUGGGCACUGCUGGGCCUGCAAGGCAGAAAGGCUCCCCUUCAGCACCGGGUUCUCAGGUCCCAGGCAGGCCUUUCACACAGCAAGCACAAGAAAGGCCAGUGCAGCGCCUGCCUGCCUGCCCAGCCUCCUACUUGUCUGUCCAUUCACAACAGCAAGGGUUGGCUGGUGGCUGGGAUUCCUCACCCGCUUGCUUGCUUGCUUGCUUGUUCCUUGCUUAUUCCAAUGCUGCCUCAUCUCCUGGCAACAGGCACCCAUUGGCCAGCCCCAGAGGCACCAUUCGUGUGGGGAACUUGUAGCCAUGGCUGUUGCAGCAAAUAGCUGUUCAGGUGGCAGAGACACAAGAGGGGACCAGAGGAGGGAGGAAAGGAAAGAGGGACAAAGGCCAGUGUUCCCUGCGGCACCCCGACUAUCCUUCAAGGCACCCCAGGGUGCCAUGGCACACUGGUUGAAAACCCCUGAGCUAGAGGAUAGGGGACUAUCCUUGGUCUGGAUGAGUGAAAAUAUGUUUUUUGUAGGGAAGUAGUAGAAGGAGAGGGACGCGGGUGGUGCUGUGGGUUAAACCACAGAGCCUAGGACUUGCUGAUCAGAAGGUCGGCGGUUCAAAUCCCCGCGACGGGGUGAGCUCCCGUUGCUCGGUCCCUGCUCCUGCCAACCUAGCAGUUCGAAAGCACGUCAAAGCGCAAGUAGAUAAAUAGGUACCGCUCCGGUGGGAAGGUAAGCGGCGUUUCUGUGUGCUGCUCUGGUUCGCCAGAAGCGGCUUAGUUAUGCUAGCCACAUGACCCGGAAGCUGUACGCUGGCUCCCUCGGCCAAUAAAGUGAGAUGAGCGCCGCAACCCCAGAGUCAGCCACGACUGGACCUAAUGGUCUGGUUCCUUUACCUUUUAGUAGAAGGAGGGAAGACUCUGAGUUGGUCCACCCAGCCAAUAUAAUUGUUCCACCCUUCAAUCCUUGCACCUUAUUAUCACCAUCUGUCAUUGGUAUUCCUCAGUGGCAUAUGGAAAGUGUUCCUCUGCAGUAUUUGUCCAGAUCUGAUUUGAGAGUUGGUUGUUCCAAAUGCCACUCCCUAAUAUGUUUCUUCAAGGGUAGAGACUCCCUACCUUUUUCCUGCAGUGGAGGAGGGAAUCCUCGGAUGGGUGGACCCUCUGACUCGCUCCACUAGGCAGGGCCAUGCAAAUUAAGGAAAUCUUACCUCACUGCAUGGUAGAGUGACACCUCCCCAUCCAACACUGGCCAACCUAGCUACCUGUGCAGGUUUACUUUGUCUUCCAUUGUUUCUGAGAGGCCUUAAUCUACACAAUUCUUGUCAGUGGAGAGAUAAGAGAGAAAAGGUUCUGAGGGGGAAAGUUUUGGCUUGGCCGUGGCUCAGAAUCCCUUGAGGGCUCCCAGCCUGAUUUUCUCUGCAAACUCUUGGAAGCAUAAGGUGUCAGGGGGAGAAGCUGCCCAAGGCGAUGGGCCUGUCUACCCAACGAGAGCAGCUACCCUCAGUUUCAAUGAGGUGCUUGUAAUUAAUUGUUCCUUUGUCGGUUCUCAAGCCAAAAAUGUUCUGCUGGUCUGGUUGUCUGGAUCACCUACUUCAGCUGCAAAUGCAUUAGUUUUUCAGGCUCUAAUGCUAGUAUUAUGGCUCUUAUUUUGUUGGUUGUUAGACUGGUGCUAUUCAGUAUUUCUACAUUGAAGAUUGGCAGUUUGUGAAUGAGUACCACCAUUCCGUCAGUGUGAGAAACAUCUUCCCAGAUCCCAAUGGGUCUAGAUUAGUUUUCGUUGAUGACAAAAGUGAUGGAUUUGUUUACUGUCCGGUAAGUCAUUUAUUCCAUUCCUAAUUUAUAGGUUGCAGUCUACUUAUUUCUCCCUUACAGACUUUUGCUUUCCCCCCCUCAUUUUUAGUCCACCCAUCUUCUAAAGAUAGGUACUUAGUGUAAAUAGGUUUAUUCUGUUUUAUUUUCAAAAAUCUGUAAGGUCAUUGGGAUGAGAAACUGACAUGCUAGAUGCCAUAAAGUAGGCAUUUGAACCAGGUCUCUCCAGUCUAAGUACAACACGAUGGUCUAUUGAACUAUGCCAGUGCUCUCCCGUAGAUUGUGAAAUUGAUUGUGGGCUUUGUUACCCAAAACCACACACAUUUUGAACUGCUUUAGUUGUCAUGGGGGGCUUCCACUGUUCAUGUCCAUUACUAUUGUUCUCUGAUUAUGCUUUACCUGCUUUAAAUAUCACUAAACCCCUGGCCUGCCCUGAGACUAGGUUCAGAGGCAAUUCUAUCCUGGCAUGGCUAGUAACAAUCAGAUAGCAUGUAAUCCUUUUAUCUGCCCCACUUCCCAUUUCCUUCACUGUCCCUCCUCACAGGUCUCUAAUGAAGCCGACAAGAUGGGGGGAAGCCUUGCCAACUCCACUUUGCUUUUUUAAUUGCCAAUUUUUAAAAUUGACUUUGCAAUAUAAACCCAAUUACACAAAUUAGUUCAAAAUUAAUACAAUUUUGUUAAGAGGCUUCCCAUGCACCAUUCUUGAUGGAUCUUUAUGAUCUAAUAUUACUUUGUUUCAUAUUCUUACAUAUUUCUAUUAUAUCCCAUUUUUCAAAAUUAUCACAUAAUUAACAGCUGCACUCUUUGUUAUUUUUAUUCUUGUUACUAUAUUAUUUAUAUUAUUUAACUUCCAGAAAAAGGCUUCAAGUGAGGAACCAUAGCUUUUUUGUUUUCAUCCUGUGUGCGUCCAAAAGUCAGUUGUUGAUCCUCUUGGCCUUAUAUGUCUCUCUGAUGUUUUCCUUUUUCCUGCGGCAUUUGGGGCUAUCUCCAUACACUGUUGUUGUAUUCCAGCCUGGUUGGGGCAGAGCUGCAACUUCAAGGUUAAACCCUCGUCUUUCUCCGGCUCAGCUCCUUCCCAUAAUACUCAAGCAGUUCCAAAUCGACAACCUCUUUCACUGGCACCAAAUCAACAAGUUCCAGAAAUUCACCAGCUGAGAAGGGAGGGGAAAGGUGGCACCAUUCCUCUAUCAACAUCCAAAAAGCCCUCACACUGCUUUCCUUGCACGGCUACAAUAGCAUCUUCCUUUUUUCUUUUCUUUUUUUAAAGGUUAUAUUUCAAACUCUCCAUUAUCUUUCAGUCUUUUUUUAGGGGGGGGGGUAGGCGCUUAACUCCCAGCGACAUCCUUCCAAACAAAACAAGCAGGAUCUCCUGCCGCCCCCCCCUUACUCCUCUCAAGCCACAUGCAGCUUUACAUUUUCUUUUAAAUCUCAGUGUUACAUCGUACAUCAAACCAUCUUCACUUGUAUAUCUUAAAAUUCAAUCUUAGAGGGUUGCCGAACCAUAAAUAUAAAAACUUCCAUUAAAUAUAGCAGAGUACCCCCUUCUCCAUCCAUCUCUAGCACAAGAUAGAAUCUUCUCCAAUUUCAAAUUUCAGUUCCAUGCAGCUGAUUGUCCGUAGUUAUAAUGUCUAUCUCCUCUGGUGUUAUGCCUAUUCUUAAUGCCAAUUAGAACCCAAUUAUAAGGAGAACCUCUGCAUCCAAUGGCGAUUUGGGGGGUUUUGCAUCAAGCAAAGUGCAGUGAGCCAUUAGGACCCAUGGUCACCUGUACCUCCCAUGCCCCGAGAGGUUUAUAGGAGAUGGUUUAACCCCUCCAUCCCCCUUUUUCCCCAGCCUGUGCCUCUUUCCAAUGUUGAGAGACCCAUCGCCACGGCAUGGGACAAGAACCAGAAGCCCACUUUGCUUUUAUUUUAAAUUGCAUUGUUUGUAUGAGCACCAGUGCCUGCCUGCCUGCCCUUUUGGGUGUGUGGGUAUGUCGAGUCAGGUCGAGGGGACCAUAUGAAAGUGACAAGAUUUUUCCCUUACCUUCUCUGUUUCACUGAAUAGAGUGAAGGAAAUGACUGUGGCAGAGGUGCUCAUAUUGCUAGAAAAGAGAGGAAUUGAGUAAGAGAGCUGUGCCUUUUAAUAGUAAUCAAACCAUAUCCAAUUUCAGCACUUUUUAUUGCUUUUUUAAGAUGUCCAUAUUUCUGUUGAAUUGUGACCAAAGGAAUGGGGUUUGGAUCUGUAAGUUCAGGUUAUUCUCAGAUCCCCAUUGCAAACACCUUAGAUUGCAGCUGUUGAUAUGGGAAUGGGGUUCACCUGACUCUUUUAAAAUGGUAAUGUAAAUCCAAAAUUAAUUAGAUCUCAUUAACAUUUUUAUUUAGAAAUUAAUUUUGCACUGCUGCCUUUUGUAGGUAACUGAUAUUGCCUUUGAGAUCCCAAAUUUCCAGCCAACCAUCAAGGGUAUUCUGUGGGAAAAUUGGCCAAUGGACAAAGGUGUCUUUGUUGCUUACGAUGACGACAAAAUAUACACAUACAUUUUUCACAAGGAUACUAUACAAGGUAGGGUAAAGUUGCAUUAUUAUUCCAACAGUGUACAUUUUGCAGAGCAGCUGAAAGAAAACCCCUAGAAGCUUACAAUAUAAAAUAGAAGAUUGGUGGAGGAAAGGCAUAACAAAACACAGAACGAAUGGAUUAAUGGAAUUUUAGGUUGGUUGUGUAGUUCAGUAGUGCUCAAUAUUUAUUUCGUACCCUUGUGUGAAUUUGGUUCUCUAGGACAAUGAACAACAGUAGAACUUCUGGUGUUAGGUUAUUUCAAUGGGCUUUAUUCUCAAGUGACUGUACGUCAGAUUACAACAAUGAUGGAGUAUAAGAGCCAGAUAAGCCACAAGCUAGGCUGUGCCAGUUAGGCUGUGCCAGUUAAUCUGAUUUUCCUUUUAAAUACAUGGUCAUAACUGCUAGGAACAAAAUUCCAGAAAGUAGAAAUUCUAAGCUAGCUAUGGCUAAGCUACUGCUUUCGUUGUGUAAUCCUUUUUUUUUGGCCGUGCGGGAUAUAUUUUCCCAUAUGUUCACAUUGUAGCACAAUACUUUAGUCUUUAUGUCAAGCUGGUUUUAUUUGCUUGUUUGACACUCGUAUGUUCAAGGAACAUUUGUUUUCUGGUAUAGAUCUGGCAUUGUAAAUAUAGGGGGUGGGGAACCCUACCCCACACAUUCAGCCCUAGCUGGUAUGAGCCAGCACUACUUCAGGUGCAGUGGAGAAGCCGCCACUCUCUGCUUCCCUGCUCCCUUGUUAGGAUUUCUCUGUUAGUCAUUCAUCAGUAACUAAGAGGAUUUUUAAAAAACGGAUUUUAUCUUUAUUUAGCAAGCAAGAGCUAAUGUUCUUUUGAUGGGCAAGUUCAAUAAUUACUUUGUUUUCGUUUGUAAUGUAGGGUCCAAGGUAAUUUUAGCCGGAGGCACCAAAGUUCCUUAUUCUCACAAACCAUUGCUACUAUAUAACGGAGAAUUAACUUGUCAGACUCAAAGUGGGAAAACCAACAGUAUCUUCCUUAGUACACAUGGCUUCCUUGGCCCACUGAAUGACUUGGAACGUAAUGAGCUGAAACAGGUGCUUAUACAGACUUUAAUACUAAAAAGGUAAGCUUCCUGUCAAUUCCAGUACACCAUUGAUACCCAAACAUCCGAGAUCUGACCAUGCUUAUUGUAGCUGUUGCCUUUGUUUUGUUAAAAUUUUUGCGUAGGUUUUCUGAGGCUUGGGAGGUGUGCAAACUUCUGAAUGAUCAUUCAAGUUGGAACGAGCUUGCCAGAGCUUGCUUACACCACAUGGAGUUGGAGUUUGCGACACGUGUUUACCGGACAAUCAGAAAUGUGGGAAUGGUCAUGUCAUUAGAGCAAAUAAAGGUAAAAUAAUACACAUUUAAAUAUUACAGUUUGUUUGUUUGUUUGUUUGUUUGUUUGUUUGUUCGUUCGUUUUACUUAGUUGCUGUGUGGGAUUAUUCUAGUCCAUGGGCUGAUAUCUCAGAGCAUAAGCUUGGGCAGAAGAACAUGACUUCAGGUCAAGUGCAAAGUAUGAUGUCAAAAUCAUUAGCAGUUGAAUCUGGUAAUAAAAACAACCCUGGUAAGAGGAUAAAAGAGCUUCCGCUCCAUACCUGGCAAAGUUCAAAAGCUUUCAAAAUACUCAACAUAGUCAGCUAUGUCAAUAAAAUACAGUUUUCUGAUCUGAUGACUUUGAAUUCAUGAGGACUCUUAUUCAACAUGGAUCCUCAUGUUUUAAGUUCUACUUUCCACAAUCCCUGUCUAGGACUUUAAAUUCCUUUGUGUAUGAGCUGGGCCAGAUGAAGCUCUUUUCCUUGAGUCUUUUCUGACUUCCAUAUGCUAUAGCAAUGCAUCCCUGGCAGCUUGUCUAAUGUUAAUCCAAUAUAAUAGGGACUUCACACAUUUCUGUGCUUUGUUUUUCAGGGCAUAGAAGACCACAACCUUCUAGCGGGGCAUCUUGCCAUGUAUACAAAUAACUUUAAUUUGGCUCAGGAUUUAUAUUUGGCGUCUUCUUGCCCAGUUGCCGCACUUGAGGUAAUAAAUUGAGCCACCAAAUAUUUAAUCAGAUGGGGCAGGGGAUCAUAAUCUUUUCCAUUUAAAUCAAUACUUCUUUUGAUAAUAGAUGAGGAGAGAUCUACAGCACUGGGAUAAUGCACUUCAGCUAGCUAAACGCUUGGCACCAGAUAACAUCCCCUUAUUAUCGAAGGAGUAUGCUGUGCAGCUGGAAUUCACGUAUGUUCUCUCUUAAAAGCCUAUCAAAUCUAGCUUUUGUCAUAAGCCAACAGUAGAAAACUAUUACUGGCUUGCGUGGUGUUGGAAAACAAAGUUUGGAAGCAAUUGAGAAAGGGCAAGGUAGUUAGUGUAGCUCAGGCUGGGGUUUGAUAUGGGGAUGCUGGCUGCUGUUCAUGUACUUUGUAGAAGAGAAGUCUGGAAAGUUAAAACCCCUUAUCAAGCAGCCAGGUCACUAUAGAACGGUGUAGGGCCAAUGUACUGCAGACAUUUUGGACUACAACUUUCAUCAUCCCUCGGGCUGGGGUGUUGUUUGGACGGUUUUGUUGGAUGGGGGUUAUUGCUGCUGGCUUUUUGUAUCUUUAUUUUAGGUCGUCUUGUGAUUUAUGUGAAAAUUGUUCAGUUUGGUUAUUUUUUAAAAAAUGUUUGUUUUUACUGUUUUUGACUACUUUUUGACCACUACUUUUGUAGUUAAAUAUUUUUUUCAUGUUGCAAGCAACCUUGGGCAUGGUUUGAACUUUGGGAAGGCGGCAUACCAAUAAAAUUAUGACCAUUGGCCUUGCUGACUGGGACUGAUGGGAAUUGUAGUCCUCAACUGGGCACCGUGUUGGUUACACCUGCUCAAGUUGAUCUCUUUAAACAAUUAAAAAAGGUUGGGUUGAGAAAAAAUAGAAGUUCUGGGAAUCCAUUCUGAGGUGCAAGGAGCCAGCAACUUCUACCAGCAUCUAUCUGUAAGCUAAACCAGAAAAGGGGUUGGGUGAUGGUACCUUAAUGAAGACCUAACAGCUAGUGAGGGCGGGCUUCCAAUACAGGCAAUUGUUUGGUUGGCUCCACCCUUGCUGCUCCUAGCAGCAAACAGCACACAGCUCGACACAGUCCUCUUUAUGACUUUUAGGUGUCACUUCUACUGAUAUUGGACUUCACACUCAUAAAGCCAUCUAUCUGGAAGUCCCCUAAGAAUCCCUUCAGUGUCUCAUUCAUGUCAUAAUAUAUCACUCUAUGUCAAUAUACGUAUAAUACAAUCUGACUUUUUAUUUUAGGGGUGAUUAUGUGAAUGCUUUGGCCCAUUAUGAGAAAGGGAUUACAGGCGAUAGUAAGGUAACGCUCUAUUGUUGGUGAUGACAUUAUGGUGGACUUUCACCCAUGUAGUUAAUUAUUUUAAUGAUUUGCUUUAAAAUCUUAUUUUAAAGCACUGUAAAUAUUUAUUUGGCUGAGGCUGAUCUUGGAUUAGAAAUGCAUUUUGUCACUUGAGCCGCAAAAUAUAAAAGCAGGAGAUUGCUGUUGAAAUAGUCGCUUUACAAACCCCUGAUUCUUCAUUUACCACAAUUUUGGCACAGAAGAAUAGAGUGGUUUGUUUCGCUCACUUAAUUAGAUAAAUAUUUGCUGUGUAUUUAUAUUAUUUUAAAGGGUAACUGGUAGGACAGUUGAUCUGAGAGAACUCUUGUUAUAAGGGAGUGUAUUAUUUUAUCUUCUGUGGAUGUGUUUGAAAACUGGUAUGGUGCAUCUUAACUGUUUUUUGCAAAUGGCAAUAUUAUAAACAAAAAUAGUUAACUAGUCUAAAUAGGAAGAAAACCCUUCUAUUUUAUAACUUUUCCCUUCAAUACUUCCAGAAUAAUGGUUGCUGCAUUUUCAAACUCUGUCUUUAUUUUCUUCAAGCGUGUGUAUUUUUCCCAUAUUUUUUAUUGGUGCAUGUUUAUGCUAUACUCCUUGUUGCCAGUUCCAAGAGCAUGAUGAGGCCUGCCUAGCUGGAGUUGCCCAAAUGUCCAUUCGCAUGGGUGACAUUCGCCGGGGUGUUAACCAAGCCAUCAAACAUCCGAGCAGAAUGUUGAAAAGAGACUGCGGAGCUAUUCUGGAGAGCAUGAAGGUAGCUAGUGCUUUGAAUACAGAAAGGAAAAGAUUCACAGUAUGAGUUUGCAUGCUUUAGACUAACUUUUGUUUCCCUGUUUGUUUUAUAGCAAUUUUCAGAAGCUGCCCAGCUCUAUGAAAAAGGGCAGUAUUAUGACAAAGCAGCAUCGGUAUAUAUCCGGUGCAAAAACUGGUAAGCACUGGUGUUGCAUUCCUUUAAAAUUACAGCACAAGGAUAGGGAACCUGUGGCCUUUCACAUGGAGUUAGAUUCCAGCUCCCAUCAGCCCCAGCCUGCAUGAACAAUUGUCUGGGCAAAUGUGUCGAUAGCUCAGUUGGUUAGAGCGUGGUGCUGAUGACACCAAGGUUGCAGGUUUGAUCCCCAUAUGGGACACCUGCAUAUUCCUGCAUUGCAGGGGGUUAACCUAGAUGAUCCUCAGAGUCCCUUCCAACUCAACAUUUCUAGGAUUCUCUUGCUUUCCUUAACCGGUGAUCACUUUAUUUAGUCACUUUUCUAGCUUUUUGAGAUUUCACUCAAUUCCCAAGUGUAUUAUCUCAGCUGUUAAGAGCUUGAAACUUUGCUUUUUAAGAAGAAAGAAAUGUAAAAUUCUUGGGAAGCUGAAUUACCACAUUCUGCACUUUUUCUACACUUCACCAGCAUCACGACAUGCUGAUCCAAAAUAGCUCUUCUGUGAACUGAAGGGCUGAGAUUUAGCAGAAUCUCCACUUAUGGAACAAGCAGGGGAGCUGAUUUCCACCAGUUCCCCCUUCCCCAUGGAACCUGCCCCACUUCUAAUUCUGCUCUGAAGGUCCUCUGACCCCCUGGACCAAAGAGGAGAUUGGGGGUGGUGUACACAAGGCUACAAGGGGAAGGAGGAAUCAGCAAAAUACCAUCUUCCCUCCAUUCUGUGAAUGAGUGGUCUGUGGAUGGAGUUUUGUUCACAGAACCCUGUGAUAAAUGUUGUUGUUUAGUUGUUUAGUCACGUCCAACUCUUCGUGACUCCAUGGACCAGAGCACGCCAGGCACUCCUGUCUUCCACUGCCUCCCGCACUUUGGUCAAACUCAUGCUGGUGGCUUCGAGAACACUGUCCAACCGUCUCGUCCUCUGUCGUCCCCUUCUCCUUGUGCCCUCAGUCUCUCCCAAAAUUAGUGUCUUUUCCAGGGAGUCUUCUCAUGAGGUGGCCAAAGUGUUGGAGCCUCAGCUUCACAAUCUGUCCUUCUAGUGAGCACUCAGGGCUGAUUUCCCUAAGAAUGGAGAGGUUUGAUCUUCUUGCAGUCCAUGGGACUCUCAAGAGUCUCCUCCAGCACCAUAAUUCAAAAGCAUCAAUUCUUCGGCGAUCAGCCUGUGAUAAAUAAGAUACCCAAUUACCCUAGUUUGAAGCAGUGCCCUAUGUUCGUCAGUUAUCUUAAUUCUUGGUAUGAUGGGAUUGGAGCGGGGGGUGGGGUGAGAGAAAGCAAUUAAAAUAAUGUGUGUGUGUGAAAUUACAGUUAUAAAAUAGAACUGUUUCUGUUGUCCAGGGCAAAGGUUGGUGAGCUUCUCCCUCACGUAUCUUCUCAAAAGAUACAUCUUCAAUAUGCCAAAGCAAAGGAGGCAGAUGGCAGGUAUAUAUAUUCCUUUCUGCAGUCAAAUCUGAUGUGACAGUCGUACUUACAUUGGAGUUCGGGGCGGGUUGCUCUGCCAAGUUCAGCAGAACUUGGAUCAGAGAAAGUGUGGGAAGGGUAGCGUCCGAACAUUGAAAUAUUUGAGGACUGAAAAUUAAUUUUAAUGACUUACUGCUGUUAUUUCUGUCCUGCUUUCCGGGAUACAAGUCCACAAUAAACAACAUUAUUAAAAACUCAUCAUGAGCCUUCCCAAGGCAGCUGAUGGUAUAGCAGUCCUCCAGUAGGGAGGGAAUAAUCCAGCCAGAGCAGACUGAGGUGGUAUUCGCCUGCCUCCCACUCUCACCUUGUAUCCCUUCCACAGGACAGCUAAUGGAAGAAAGGCCCUCUUUUUUCUGCUGAAGUUUUUAAAUCAAUUACCAGUGUGAUACAACAUAUUGCUUUUCCUUUAAGGAACAACCAAACAAAAAACUUGUUUCCAGAAUUAAUAUUGCCUCCUGUUUUUAUCCCUUACAAGAGCAGAGGGAAAAGGCACGAAAAGAGUUUGUUCUCCACCCUCCAUCUCCUUUAUUUCAGAUUUGCUAACCUCUGCUAACAACUUAGCAUCUAUAGAGAGAGCAUGAAAUCACUGCCCCCUGCCUCAUUAUUGUUCAGUUCAUCUGGACUUUGCAUGUGAUUAAAUUUUAUAUAGCAAAACUUAAGCAACAAUAAUUUGUUUAGUCCAAAAAGGGUGUGCUAAUUUGAAAGUUAUUAUUUCUUGUUAGAAGGAAUUGGCAUCUUUAAUAGCCCCCCCCCCAUCAAAUAUGGGAAGGUAGAAGACAGAAUAUUUCUUACCACAGUUUUUAAAAAGCCUUUAAACCUGGAUACUCACCAAUAGUGGUUGUUCCUAGUUUUUUUUAAGAUGGAUUUUAUUUGACAACUGGUUUCGAUUAAGAGAAAAAGUGUUAUAGUCUAGCUCUAUACGGGGAUAUUUGCUGUUGCUAGGUACAAACUGGAAGAAAACUCAUCUUUAAAUUUUGUCAGAGUCAGAUUUGAGACAAGACACUUAUAAACAGAAUAGCAUCAAAAUUAAUUAAAAAGUUCUGGGAACCAUUUGGCUCCAUGAGUCUCUGUGGUAAGAGUUAAUAGUAUCUGAUAUAAGGUACCUACAUUGCAUGGGGUUGUUUCCAGACUUAGUCACACUUAAAGUAAACACACUGAAAUCAAUGGGCUUUUAAAUAAUAAUAAUAACAACAAUCAAUUAAUCAUCAAUAAUUAAUAAUUAGUCAUGAUCCAACCUAUAUUGCAUAAAUUGGUUACCAGAUACCAGCAAAAGAAUAAUUUAUCCUUAUUUAGUAAAGUGUUUUUAAAUGAGUAACAGCCUGUAGCCCUGGGAAUUUUGAGGACUGAACCUGAAGUGUCUAUGAUGAUCUCUCUUUCUAGAUACAAAGAAGCCGUCUUGGCCUACGCAAAUGCCAAGCAGUGGGACAGCGUCAUCCGGCUAUAUUUGGAUCACCUUAAUAACCCAGAGAAGGCUGUUAGCAUUGUCAGGGAGACGCAGUCACUUGAGGGAGCCAAGAUGGUAGCCAGGUAAUGCAGCUAUAGUAACUCGUUUUCAGACUUUUAACAGAGUUCUAACUCUGUAGAAUUGGUCAGAUUAUAUAUGUGCAAAACCCAAUCUCUACAAUUUGCUUUUAAAAUAUUUUGUUUGACUCUAUUCAAAUGAGAGAGGCUAAAAAAACAUUUUUAAAAACAAUAAUAGAAAAGAGCCCCUAGCUUUUGGAAAAAGUUUUUUUUUAAAAAAACCAUUUCAAACAAUUCUGAUGGAGAAUCUGAGCUUUAAGAGUAUAAAUUCAUUUUGACAUGUACCAACCCCAUUUAACUUUUAUUUUAAUGUUUGCUUUCUAGUUGUAGUAACAAAAGCAAAAGCAAACUUGUAUUGAUUCUAUGAUACGAUUUUAUGUACAUCUUUAUAUGCAAUUUACAUGGAUUUUGUUUUGUUCUCUUUUGAUGUUGUCUAAGACUAAUUUCAGGAAUAGAAAAGAGCAUAUGGAAGAUUUUUUUCAUAAUUUUUUUUCUGAAAGUGCCAGAUACAAUUUUGUAUCUAGUUUUCCUGCAGAAAUACAUUUCAUGACUAAUUUGAUCUCUCCAAAUGGAGUAUUUUACCUUCCACCCCAAAUCAGAGAUGGAGAACCUGGGCCUUUCAGCUGUGAGUGGGCUCCCAGUUCCCAUCAGGCCCAACCAGCAUGGCCAGUGAUCAGGAACAAUGAGAGUUGUAGUCCAGUAACAUUUGGAGGUCAGCAUCCCUGCCUUAAAUGAAGCACCAGAGAACGCGACAGCAAGGGGUUGAGAAGGACCCUUCCAGUUAUAGGAGCCUGGAGGUGUUCCAUAAUUCAGCCUCGUUUGUACAGAGCCACCAGCAUGGCUGCAAACUUAAAAUCUAAGGAUCUGGAGUUGCCUAGUUGACCUUAUCCAUCAUACUUGCCUUCUGAGACAUUGCCAACCAUAUGUAUGUAUCCUUGGCAUGUUUCAGGUUAGUGUAGCCUGGGUUGGAGAUUAAGUGGAACAUGAUUGCAGAGUGGCAGGUCUUUUUCCCCCUCUUGCAUGCAGCUAGUAAUAGUGAUUGAGCUGCUCGUGUUCUUCAACAUCAACUUCGUUGGACUGGUCAUGUUGUUUGGAUGCCUGAUUUUUGUCUUCCAAAUCAACUGCUCCAUUCCGAACUUAAAAAUAGAAAGUGUAAUGCUGGUGGUCCACAAAAGAGGUUUAAAGACUCUCUCAAGGCUAAUCUAAAAAAAUGUAGCAUAAACACCAACAAUUGGGAAACACUGGCCUGCGAGCUCUCCAGUUGGAGAACAGCCUUUACCAAAGGUAUCAUGGGCUUUGAAGACACUCAAGCUCAGAACGAAAGGGAGAACGUGCUAAGAGGAAGGCACACUUGCCAAACCCUCACCAUGAUCAACUCCUGCCUGGAAACCUAUGUCCCCACUGUGGAUCCAGAAUUGGCCUCCACGGUCACUUAAUGAACUCACUGUUAAGAUUGUGUUCAUGGAAGACAAUCUUACUUGGCUAUGAGUGAUCACCAAAUAAAGAAGACGACUAUUUUGGGGGGCUGAAUAGGAACCAACUCAUGCGACUCUGCUUUCCUGACUCCUAAUGAGCUUGCAGGCAUACAGAAUCUCUGCACCUGCCCUCAUCAUAGCAUUGGUGGGAGCAAGAUCAUGCCCUUGGCUUUUAAAAUAGUAUGGAAGCCUAUGAACAAGGCCUGUCUUAUUUUUUUAAAGCAUUGUACAGCAUGUAGUGUUUUUUAAACGUGUUAUUAAUAAAUAAUAAUGAUAUAGUAGGCUCAGAGAUACGAUUGUUGAAAAUCUGCCCUGAAGAGUAAGCUUAAGGCAGCUUACAACUGGUUAUGGGUGUAAUGAGAAAUGCUGCUUCAGUGUUAAAAAUACUGUGGAUGCUCCUGCAAAUCAUUACAUGGAUUUCAUGGAUUCUGUUCGUUAUACUUUAAAAUAGUAUAACAGAUUUGUUAAUUUGGUUUAGAUUCUUUCUGCAAUUGGGUGACUACGGGUCUGCCAUCCAGUUUUUGGUGAUGUCCAAGUGUAACAACGAAGCUUUCUCGCUGGCCCAGCAGCACAAUAAGAUGGAGAUCUAUGCUGAUAUAAUUAGUGAGUAUUGCAUCCUCUUGGAUACUGUUUACCACUGGAAAAACACUGCCAGUGCAAUCCUAUACAUGUCUAAUCAGAAGCAGGAGCAACCCAGUCAGUUGGGUGGGGUGCAAAUAAUGAAAUUAUUAUUGUAAGAAAGUCCUAUUGAGUUUCUCCCCCCCCCCAAUCUAUUGCAGGUUCUGAGGACACCACUAAUGAAGAUUACCAAAGCAUUGCCUUAUAUUUUGAAGGAGAGAAGAAACAUUUUCAGGCGGGCAGAUUCUUUCUUCUGUGUGGUCAAUAUGCACGGGUUAGUAUAGAAACUUGCUGAGUCAGACUAAGGGCCAACCUAUGGGAGAUCUGUGCUCUUCCAACGUCAUUUUCUUUGCUUUGAAAAUAACUGCAUUGGGUCUAAUUUAGAUCAGAACUGAAAUGUAAAAAAUUUUGUCCGUGCCUAAUAGCAGCUUACAGAUAUUUAAAGGAAGUGGUCAGGGCGGGGAGAGGAAGAGAGAAAGACAUAGGACUCCCCCACUAUCUUCUCCCUGUAAUUUCAUUCAAUAGCAGCACUGCUCCCAGUUCCACACUUCUCAUUAACCCUGUUCUGCACAUUUCUCGUGUUAUUCUGGCUGAAAGGUGACUCCUGCUUGCCAGGAUGGAGAGAGAGGUGUGCCUGACCACACCUGCUUUUGCCACACUCGCCAUUGGUACGUGGACCUGGGAAGGUUGUCCAUGAGGAAAUGUGGCCCUCAUUAAAAGAGGAGGCGAGAUUUAGGCAAUACAGUUAGCACCAAAGCUUCCUAGACAACUGUUUAGGAGAGCACAAAAUGCCGCUGUAUUGUGUGUAUUAUCCAGUUAAGAACCUGAACGUCUUUCAUGAAGUAGAGACAUUGGGGAAUUAGGCUGAUGCUGUGUUUUGGGGGCAUAUCUAGAUCUCCUGGUCAUUUUUAAAACUACCAACCUAGUCAGCCAAUUGGUUAACAUUAAUUUCUAGCUUUUGAAGCACUUAGUAACAUAAGACACAUUCUCCUUAGAAAUGCAGGUGAUUUGAAGAGUAAUUUGUUCAUAGAGAAAUACUCAGAUAUAAGGCAUUAAAUGCUGUAUGUGGUUUUUUUCAGGCAUUAAAGCACUUUCUGAAAAAUCCAAAUGCGGAUGAUACUAUGGCUAUAGAAAUGGCAAUAGAAACGGUAAGAAACAUCAUUUAGGAAGGAGAGGAUUCUUCCUUUUACCCGAAACUCAGUAUCAUUGCUAUAAUUGAUUAAGCAGAGAACCAAUGCCAGACUAUUUGUUUUAUAUUUAUUUUACAGCCUGUAUUUUACUCUUCUUCCUAAAUUGGAACCCUUUACUUAUUAUGUUAAAUAUCCUCUACUUUAGACCCUUCAAUGUGGUAUAAUUACUUGUAAAUAACAGAUUUGUAGGCCUGGGAUACCAAAUUAUUUGUGGCUUGACUGUAUAAGUGUUGUUCAUUUCACAUAAAAGAACCUUCCCUACAGUGUGUUGUGUUACUCCAUUCACAAUUUAUUUUCAAUAGGUAGGACAGGCGAAAGAUGAAGCUUUGACCAAUCAGCUUAUAAAUCACCUUAUGGGAGAGAGUGAUGGAAUACCAAAGGUACUAAAUUCCAAAUAUAGACUUAUGUUUAAUAUAAUUGUUCCUCUAUUAGUUUGGUUUUUUUAAAUUAAAUGGCCUCUGGUCUAGAUUUUCAAACUCAGACCCUAUCUGCACUAUACAUUUAAAGCGGUACCAUACCACUUUAAACAGUUGUGGCUUCCCCAAAAGAGUCCUUGGCAGUGUAGUUAUUACAGAAUGCUGAGAGUUGUUAGUGGGCCACUAUUCUCCAUACAGAAUUACAAUUCCCAGAGUCCCUUGGGAAGAGAAAUUGUUAAACGUCUUUGACAACUGGCAAACCUAGAUUUGCCUUAAUGUAAUGGGUGUAGAGUGGCCCUAGUUUCAGGGUAGCAAUUUACCUGUACGGACUGUUGCUUUUUUUGUCUGUUUCUGAGAGACUGACUGUGUCCAUACUGCAUUAGACCUGAGUAUGACUCCUGAAUUUUGCCUAUAAUCUGUGGUUCAUUGGCAGAGAAAUUGGAAUAAAAGCCUAAGACAAGGAGGCAGAGGAAGCCUGACAAAUUGUAUAAGAACUGAGCUGUGGAUGUUCCUGGCAGUAUACCAAAAGCUAGUUUCCUUAAAAAUAUUUUCUGUGCUAAGACUGAUGUUGGGUCUGGUUUUAUUUUGCUGUGUGUUUGUCAUCUCUGCACAUUUCUUCCUCUUACAUAAAAUUGGGAUGGGAAAUGCUUUGGAACCAAAUCCAUUUUUAAUAGUAGACAUAGUUUUACCUUGUGUAAUCAUUUUCAUUGCUUUAUUUAACAAGUUUUAUUUGGAAUAGUUCUAUUUUCUCAUUUAAAACCUUUGUUCUUCUAACUGCUAUACUGCAUCUGCCAUAGUCUCUUUCUGUGAGUAAUUUUUUUUUUUUACUUUAACCAAUCAUAGCUGCUAUUUAACUUUUUGUUUUUAAAAUAAUUUAUGAGGCUGCUUCCUUUAGUAUAUGCACUUACUCAAGUGUAAGACCCAUUGAACUCAAUGCAUAGGAUUGUGCUGUAAAAGGACAAGACUCUAUGCUCAUUGUUUGCAUCAUUUGUGGAAAAUGACUUGUAGCAUUUCUGAACCCCUAUCCCACAAUGUUUUAGGAUAAUUUAUAAUGCUGGGGUUAUGCUGGCUUAACUAGUUUUCAACCCAGAACACAUUCACAGUAUCUAAACUAUUUCAAUCAGUAUUAGCUAGAUAACAGAGGAAUAUUAACUAAUGUAUACUGUAAUAACUGCACUAAUGUAUACUGUAAUAACAGCAUGCUACAGUGUUCUAAUACCAUUUAUGGCUUAACUUGUCCAAUUUAAACAUAGCUGUUUGGCAUAAACUGAUUUGAUUAAAAGAAACUGAAAAUUCUUAUUUUAUGUUUGGAAACUUUAAAGACAAAUGCUUAUUUAUUUUUUAAAAACUAUUACUAAAAAUGGGAGGGAAAGCUGUAUUUUUAAAAAAGCUAUCACUAAAAUAUUUUUUCAGCUGAGAUAAUUUCAGCUGACUGAUUUUAUUGUGUAUUGCAAAAUAACACUUUAACCCUGUGGAAAUGUUCAGAUUUUAUACAUGUAUGGGAAGCUAUUCAACAAACUAGCUCAGUAGUGUAAAAAAUUUGUGGAACCAAGGCUUUCCAUAUGCACACAGAAAACCUGGGCAAACGAGGCUGUGCUUAAAGCUCAGCAGCUCCUCAGCAGUUCUGGCUGAAGUAUGGCUAAGAUGCAUGUGUGGAUAAAUAGACACUGUCUUCUCUUACUCAUCUGUUUCCUUGCUCUAAUAAAGGAAGCCAAGUAUCUGUUUCGGCUGUACAUGGCACUCAAGCAAUACCGAGAAGCUGCCCGGACGGCCAUAAUAAUUGCCAGAGAAGAACAGUGUGCAGGUAAGACACUUAUGCUUCCAGCAGUCUGCGACGUUUGUGCACUUCUGUUUUGUUUGGAGCAACAAAUAUGACAAACGACAAGAGCAGGAGGGCGAAUGAAGGGGAAGGAGACAAGAGUGUGAAGCAUCUUCAGUGCAUUGCCUUUUCUCUGCAGAAGCGAGAACUGGCAUGGGGUUGAGAUUUGUACCUUGUCUCUCAUUUUCUCCCUGGGCUACAACAUUUAUUACUGCUUGCGUUACCUGCCUGUAGGCCUCCAGGUGCUUUUGGACUGCAGCUCCCAUCAGCCCCAGCCAGCAUGACCAAUGGUCAGGGAUGAUGGGAGCUGUAGUCCAACAGCAUCUGAAGAGCCACAGGUUUCCUGUCCCUGCUCUAGACAUUGGUGGCUAGAGAUGCAAAUUGUUUUGGUGAGCAUGAUAUCACUAGACAAGUAGUGUCCGUGUAAGAUGCCUUAUAUGCUGGCAGUUACUAAUACAGUCUUGCUAAAUUUACUUAAAUCAGCUGAAAUGAAGAGAAGCUGGAAUAUAAGGGGGCACAGUAUCCUUCUGAAACCUAAUUAGUAUUUUUUGUCAUUUAUUUAUAUAAAAAGGGAACUACCGAAAUGCCCAUGAUGUUCUCUUCAGUAUGUAUUCGGAGCUGAAAACCCAGAAAAUCAAAAUACCGUCUGAAAUGGCUACAAACCUUAUGAUUCUGCACAGCUAUAUUUUAGUAAAGGUAAAGCCUUGAAAAUAUUUAUGGAAACUUGUGAAAAAUGAAAUGCAUAUUGCCCACCACUGCCUUUACCUGAUAGUAUAAGUGGAUUCCUGAUCACUUUGGGAAAAUGUGUCUAAGAAAAAUGCUUCAUUGUUUAGCUCCAAAGUUCUCAAAGGGCCUCACACACUGUGUGUGUGUGUGUGUGUGUGUGUGUGUGUGAGAGAGAGAGAGAGAGAGAGAGAGAGAGAGAGAGCACGCACCACAUGGUUGGAAAGACCUUCAAGAUUGCAACUGUUUAGCUUUGUGAAUAACUCACAUUUCUCUCUCAGAUUCACGUUAAAUGUGGCGACCAUUUGAAGGGAGCACGUAUGCUCAUUCGUGUGGCCAACAACAUCAGCAAAUUUCCAUCCCGUAAGUGUUAACUAUACUGGGAAGUGGCACCUGCCGUUCUCAACCUUGCAUCCCCAGACUGAUGGUUGGACUACAACUCCCAUCAGCCCUGGUCACUGGUCCUGGUAGUUAUAGAGAUGAUGGGAGUUCCCAUGACAUCUGGGGACCCAAGGUUGAGAACAGCUCCAUUAUGUAGACCAGCUGUUAAUGGGGGUUAUUACUUCCUCUUUGUGUCAUAUAAUUGAUCAGAUGACCAGAGAGGGGACGAUUGGCUUCCCUGUCAGGGCACUGGAUGGGCAGAAAGGCUAAACCUCUGCCAACUCCAUCAAUAUGUCUACUUCAACUUUUCUUUUUGCUGCCACCAUCACAAUUGAUGUGGUCUUGAGUGGGGAGCAGAAAACUUGCUUGGGGGCCUAUACCAGACCACCAGGCCAGGGGUUAACCAUUGCUGCUUUAGGAAUUACUCCCAGUUAGUGAAUUGCCCAAGGGCAUGUAACUGAAAUUCAAGCAUUGGUAGAGAUGGUCCUGGAGCAAGUGGAACUUCAGUUUUACUCAACGAAACAUUUCUUUCGUUCUUAGAAUAAUUGCAUGAAUUUACUAGAAAUAUACGCAGCUAAUUGAUGCCAGCUGUUGGGUGUCGUUGCUAUUCCUAUCCCUUCCCAUGUGUUUUCUGUAAAAUUCAGGAAAGUCAAAUCAAUUAGCAGCUCUCUGGAAAUCCGGAAAGUUAUAACUGGAAGCCAAAAAUGAAGGACCAUAGCCCAAGGCUUUCUAUCGCCAUUGGAAAUAAAAUUAUUGCCAUUGUUCUUCUUGUAGACAUUGUGCCCAUCCUGACUUCAACAGUCAUUGAAUGUCACAGAGCAGGACUGAAGAAGUCAGCAUUUGGUUUUGCUGCAAUGUUGAUGAGACCAGAGUACCGUAAUAAAAUUGAUCUGAAAUACAAAAAGAAGAUUGAAGCCAUGGUUAGGUGAGUUGUCUCUGUGUAACUGAAGUUUGGAAAUGCAUUGAUAAGAGUUAGCUUGAAAGCAUUGUGGCAGUACUUGAAAACUGCAAUUUGAUGCACACUUACUUGGGAGUAAGUCCUAUGAAAUGCAGUAGAACUUACUUUUAAGUAAAUAUGCAUUGGUAUUGGCUGUUAAGCAGAGUUAUCAACAACCACAAAUUUUAGUCUGUGCCCCAACCCUACAAGCAACACAUGUAAUAAUAUUACAUGCAAAAGCAGGAUCCAGGAGACAUUUCAAUUGUUUUGUUACGUAUCAACCUGAUUUAUUUGAAGACAACACUCUAGAAAGGUUUGAUGAUGUUGCCAAACCACCAUAUAUGAAAAUAAGUACCUUUGACUGUGCACCCCCUCCAACAAGUAGCGUUGACUUCUUUAGAUAUUUGGGGUAGCCUCACCUGUGUAUAAUGCCACCUAUGCAGAAGUUUUAAUAAGUAUUUCCUGAGUUUUGCAGAAACCGAUGUCAAAAAUAUAUUUCAUAAGUACUAGUGUUCCAGAGGCAGCUAAUAGAGUCAUUUACAGUAAUAACUGUAUUGCAAAGCCAAUCUGCUGAAUUGUCAUCUGGUUGGAAGGAUAAAGGCACUGUGGCUCUCCAGAUGUUGCUGGAUUAUUGGAGUUGUAGUCCAAGUUUAAUCUUGGCUUCCUGCAGACUCUGGUUCACAUGCAACAUAAAGCUAGCCUCUGGUUUGUUUCCUCUAGCCUGGCAAGGGAGCAGAGGAACAAGUUUGGAACUUUUGAGCUACAUACAUCAGCAUGCUGCUUAUUUGCAUUAAGCAUCUUUCAUUACAUUUAUUCUCAUUUAUCAUCAGAGCUAAGCCUCUAUAAGCUAGGAACGCACUUCUGCUAUCCUCGUAGAUUAAAAAAACCUGACCGUCUUUGUUAAAAUGUCUUAAUGGAAUUUCUUUCUACUAACAGACGACCUGACACAGCCGAAGCAGAAGAGCCCACCACCCCAUGUCCCUACUGUGAAUUCUUGCUGCCUGAAUGCGAGCUUCUCUGUCCUGGCUGUAAAAACAACCUCCCAUACUGUAUUGCCACAGUAAGUAUCAUUUGAAUAUAAUAGACUACUCUUCAGGAAGGUCUAACUGUUCUUACCAUAAAUUUCUAAUGCUGAAACUGAAAAAUCCUAUUAUUUGAAACUGGUUCACACUAUUUGUUUCCACUCUGCAAAAUCUCAGAAUUUUCUUGCUUUUUGAAUGUUACUUUUAGAUUUUGCACCCUUUGGUGCCCCCCUGCUACAUGUCAUUGGUUUAGAAACAAGUCACUUGCAGCAUAUGCACCCAAUGGCCUCUGUCCACUAUAGGUUGAUGCAGAGCAAUUUGGAAUAUUUUCCACCAGGUUUAAUCACCCUCUUCAUUUUAGGGACGACAUAUGGUAAAAGAUGACUGGACUGUGUGCCCCCACUGUGACUUCCCCGCCCUGUAUUCAGCAUUCAGAAAGUAAGUUGGAAUCUUUUUUAUCUUCCUUUAGGAUAUUACUUAAAUGCCAGAGACGUUUACCAUGAUCCUCAAAGCAAACCAGACACUAGAUCGAUUCAAUAUAUACAUGAGAUUUGCAGCCAAUCAUCUGUUAAGUACAGUGGUACCUCGGGUUACAUACGCUUCAGGUUACAGACUCUCUUAACCCAGAAAUAUUGCUUCAGGUUAAGAACUUUGCUUCAGGAUGAGAACCGAAAUUGUGCUCCGGCGGCACAGCAGCAGCAGGAGGCCCCAUUAGCUAAAGUGGUACUUCAGGUUAAGAACAGUUUCAGGUUAAGAAUGGACCUCCAGAACGAAUUAAGUACUUAACGCGAGGUACCACUGUAUAUUUUGAAUUAAAAAUUGAACUUCAGCUUUCCUCACCUCUGAAACGCUUGGCCUUGCACACCUUGUUUGUACAACUGUGUACACUAGAUUUCCCUUCAGCUAGGUGGCACCAUAACCUAUGCCAUCCCUGCUUAGCCAAAGAAAAUCUGCCCUUCAGAUAGGCACCAACCAUACUUUUUCCUUUUCUGCUCAAUUAUUUAAGCCAACAUAGAGCACCAUUACUUUCUCAAGGACCCCCCUUUCCUUUCCUGGGCCCCUUUUUGCAUAAGUCCUUCUGCCUGCCCUGCCCUUCUCUAGGAUCAUUGUAUUCCAGCCAAAUAGAGAGAACUUGUCUGCCCUGCAUCUCUGUGAACUUAGCCAAUCAGUGCCAGAGGCUCCAUCACAAAACUCCAUAGCACAUUACAGUUAGGACUGAGUUGAAAGUGUUUGUUGUGUCUGUCUGCAAGGUCUUCAUUAACAUUACAAUAUGUAUUGACUGGCUAGGAUCAUGUCCAAGAAGCAUUCAUUUCCUUUAUUCUAAACCGGCUUUAUUUGCCCUCAGUGAAGUCAGCACGUGGUCAAAAUUUACUGCAUACAUAACUUUGUGGCAUCCUAAAUGAUCCUUGGUUGGCUGGGAUAACUCUAGGAAACGGGGCAAGACUCUAGCCAUCUGCAGUGGAAUGGGGAAAACAAUGCAUAUAAACAUAUUUGAGAAGUUGCAAAUUUGCACUUACGAUGGGUUUGUGGGGAGAACAUCUCCACUUCCUGGCCAAGCACUUUUAAUUCUGAAAAUUGAAAUGGACAUUUAUUUAACACAACCCUAGGAAUAUUUCUGAACAUUUAACUUGACUUGUACGACUAGUAUUACAAGUUCUGGGGAUCAUCUGAUAAAAGCAAACAGCCUUUUUUAGUGGCUGGGCUGGUCUCCCAGAGUAUUCUGUUAGGACACUGAGCUGACUCUAGGAGCAGUCCGUGUGUUCACUGCAUUUUUGCGGUUCCUGAUAUUAGGAAUCUAUUCCUGUUUGGCACAUUCCAAGUGCUGAAACCUGACAACAUGGGCAGCAAUACUUUUUAAGGGUAUGCAGCCUCAUGUACCUUCAGAAGAAGAAGAAGAGUUUGGAUUUGAUAUCCCGCCUUUCACUCCCUUUAAGGAGUCUCAAAGCGGCUAACAUUCUCCUUUCCCUUCCUCCCCCACAACAAAUACUCUGUGAGGUGAGCGGGGCUGAGAGACUUCAAAGAAGUGUGUCUGGCCCAUGGUCACCUAGCGGCUGCAUGUGGAGGAGCGGAGACGCGAACCCAGUUCCCCAGAUUACGAGUCUAUCGCUCUUAACCACUACACCACACUGGCUCUCAGCAUCAACAAAGCACUUGGACAAAGAAAAUCCCUUCCUCCAUUGCCCCAAGGUGCCAAAGUUAUUCACCUGUAAGACCAGGCAUAGGCAAACUCCAGCCCUCCAGAUGUUUGGGAUUACAAUUCCCAUCAUCCCUAGCUAACAGGACCAGUGGUCAGGGAUGAUGGGAAUUGUAGUCUCAAAACAUCUGGAGGGCCGGAGUUUGCCUGUGCCUGUGUAAGACAGACACAAACUAUUUUGACCAGUAUAAAAUAAUCAAAAUGACAGGGCAUGUUAUGAAAAUGUGUCUUUCUCAAACAGCUUGUUACAGUAUGAAAGCACAUGUCCCAUGUGUUCAGAAAAAGUUGAGAUUAUGAGCCUUAAGAAAACUGCUGACUGUACACCAUACCUCAAGCCUGAAGUGGAGCAAUGAUUGUAGUCGGGUAAGUGUUUCAACCUUGGGUCUCAUUUCUAGAACUUCAUAGCAUCUUAUGGACUAAAUUUUUAUUUCGUUAAUGUCUAAGGGAGCAAACUGUCCAACUGGUGUCUGGUUUCUCUGGCAGUGAUUAAGGCAUGUGGUUCUUGUUCUGACUUCCUCAUUGAUGAUCUAUAUAAUCACUGAGCCACCAAAAUUUUAAAAAAUGCAAAUGUGGCAUAGGUUUAAAAUGGGUGCUCUGGGAAGUUAGGAAUCCUAGGGCUCUACUUCUUUUCAACCAUCAGGUUUUUGUUACUUCUGAAAUGGCAGCAGCUGUGUUUCAUAUGGCACAGGACACCCAGGCAGGAUGUUUUCAGAUCUUACUGCCAAUGGCAGCUGGGUGACAGGCUAUGAACGUAGUAGUGCAGUGCUGUCUGCAUCAUGUUGAUUUGGCGGGGAAGGAAUGCAGAGAAACCCUCAAGAGCCAUCAAAGAGGUGAUGUGAUUACAGAAUCAUAGCGUUGGGUUGCUAAGGGCAUCUAGUCCAACACACUGCAAUACAGGAAUCUCAAAAAUUUAAUGGAAUAUUGACUUUUAAAUGCUAAAAAAAUUAGGUAGUUUGUGGUCGUAUAUAGCACUGAGGGGAAUUUUAUAGGAGAGUUUAUUGAAAUAAUGUAGAAACAUAAUUUUAAAAGUUUGCCACUUGUUCUCGUUUUCCCAGAAUGUUGAAUCUAUGUAGUUUGCAACAUUUCAUGUUUUUAGCUACCAGACUGGUGUUCUCUAAUACAAAAUGUUCAGAGUUAGAACAUCUGUGUUUAUUUUCAGGAGAUAGUGGCCAGCCAAAUGCUGCAACGCUAAAGGAUGCUUCAAAACUUUAAGCCCAGUUGGUACGGCUAUGCUUGAAAUUAUUUUAUAGUUUAUCAGAUCUGUGAAACUGUAAAUAUUUCUUUUAUAGAAAUUUUGUACUAUGGCCUUUUUGGUUUACAAUAAAUUUUUAAUGCUAAAAAUUAGUCUUAAAUCUAUGUAGCUGGCAAGAUUUCUUGAAGAUGGCAAGGGCAGGGUGGAAGUAGAGAACAAAUUUGAUUAUUUAGGCCAGGGCCUAAACCCCAGUCGGUGUAAGAUACAAGAAGU